CCGAAUUACACAUGUUAAGAUGCAACUUGAAAACAUCGUCAAACAAUUCUCUUAGAUUAAAAGUUGCAAUUAUUGUUGUGACUUUAGGAGUGACUCUGGCUUUUACUUGUCUCCUCAUCUUGUGGAUUGGAAAGAAGAAAGAGAAACAGGCAACAACAACUAGCGUAGAAAAUUCGGUUUUACAACUAUCAUACCAAAGCAUCGUAAGGGCAACGGAUGGAUUCUCCACGCAGAAUUUGGUUGGUUCAGGAAGCUUUGGUUCUGUAUACAAAGGAGUUCUUGAAGCUAGUGGAGCAGUUAUUGCAGUAAAGGUGCUUAAUCUUCUGAAUCGUGGAGCUUCUAGGAGUUUCCUGGCUGAAUGCGAGGCCUUGAAGAACAUUCGACAUCGAAAUCUUGUCAAGGUACUAACAGCUAUUUCAGGAGUCGAUUACCAAGGCACUGAUUUUAAAGCCUUGGUUUAUGAGUUCAUGGAAAAUGGAAGCUUGGAAGACUGGUUGCAUCCACUUAUUGGCAUGAAUGGACCGGAGACGGUGAGAAACCUAAACUUCUUCCAAAGAGUAAGUGUGGCCAUAGAUGUUGCUCAUGCACUCCAAUAUCUGCACCAUCAUUGUGAAGAACCAAUCAUUCAUUGUGACCUCAAACCAAGUAAUAUUCUACUUGAUGAGAAAAUGGUUGGUCAUAUAAGUGACUUCGGCUUAGCAAAAAUCCUUUCUACGGACAGACUGAACUAUUCUGCUAAUAAAUCAAGCUCCCUUGGAUUUAGAGGAACUAUUGGUUAUGCUCCUCCAGAAUAUGGCAUGGGAAGCGAGUUGUCAACAAAAGGUGAUGUGUAUAGCUAUGGCAUCCUACUGCUUGAGAUGUUUACAGGAAAAAGGCCGACCGAUGAAAGGUUUAGAGAAGGUUUAAGUCUUCGCAACUUUGUUAAGGCAGCACUGCCAGAACGAAUAGUCAAGGUUACGGAUCCUAUUCUUGUUGAAGAAAGAGUCACACGAGGAACUCCCGAUGUAAAAAACUCAAGAAAUGAUAGACAUCUUCGGUGCUUGAAUUCACUAUUCGAAAUAGGACUCACUUGUUCUGCUGAAUCACCCAAUGAGCGGAUUGACAUGAGUGAUGUUAUCAAACUUUGUUCCAUUAGAGACAAGUUUCAUCCAACUCGAUUAAGUCAUGAGGUUCGAACUUAAAUAAAUUUGCUUAGUCGAAAGGUAUCUAAGGUGUCGUAUGGAUGAAGUUGAGAGGCUUGGGUCAGUCAAAGUGUUGGAUUUUAUCUUUUGUUGACAUUCUAUUGGGUACUAGCAGGUCUCCACAUUUCGCCUAAAAGCACUAUGCUUUGAGAAAAGAGAAUAAAUAUGCAAUAUUUAUAGCUUUCCACCGAUCAUUUCUCAGUGUAUUUUGUAUUAAUGCUUUGUUUUUCUCUGUGCUUCUUAAACUAUUGGAUCCUCAUCAAAUAAGAAUUUGAGAUAAUGCCAA